AGAGAGGAGGAGGAGGAGGAGGUAUAUAUGUGGCAGAGAGGAGACAACCUGCUGCAAUUGAAGAUGUUUCUCCUCUUCGUCAGGACGUCUGCUGUCUCUCUGCUCCUCUUCCUCGCCGCCGGUGGGCUCGUUGCCGCGGAGGAGCGAGGACUCACCUGUCGACAGGAGAUCCCCGCCGUGCUGAUCCGAGACCUGUGGAGCCGCAACAGACAGCUGAUCACCAAGCUGCCGAAGGAAGAAAACUUCUCCAGGAGACGAAGACUUUUGCCCAGGUUCCGCACCAAAGGUCCUAAGCGUCUGAUUGGCUGGCUGGAGAUUAGGGAGUUGAUUGACGUCUACCAGAGGAGUGUGUUCACCCGAGGGGUCGUCCAGAAGCUCCUCCCCCUUCACUACGCCGACCUGCUGCUCCGCAUCCAAAACACACUGCAGCACUGCGUCUCUUCUCCUAAACCUUCAGCAUGGUUUGAAAUCAUCAAGAAAGUGGAAAGAAAAAUUACAAAGAGGAGGAGGAGGAGGAGAGACGAAGGAGCGCUGAAGGCCGUCGGAGAGUUCAUCUUCAUCCUCAGGUGGAUGGAUGAGCUGACUGAGCACCACAUCCUGUAGAGCAUCUUCAUCACCAUCAUCUUCAUCAUCAUAAACAUCAUCAUCAUCCCCAUUAUUAACAUCAUCAUCAUCAUCUUCAUCCUCAGGUGGAUGGAUGAGCUGACUGAGCACCACAUCCUGUAGAGCAUCUUCAUCACCAUCAUCUUCAUCAUCAUAAACAUCAUCAUCAUCACCAUUAUUAACAUCAUCAUCAUCAUUGACAUCAUAAUCAUUAUUAACAAGCUCAUCUUCAUCAUCAUCAUCAUUAUUAUCAACCUCAAAGGUCUUGAAUCCAUACUCUUUUUUCAAAGUAUUGUUUCGUAUUUUUUAUAUUUUAUUCGCAUUAAUAUGCUUAAUUUAAAAAAUAAAUAUUUAUUGUAUUUGUGUAUUCACUGAAGUUUAAAAAAAAAUACUUGAAACUUGUGUGUUUGGAUGAAAGAAGAUAUUUUAUAUGAAUUAAUAUUUUAUUUAUGUAAGUUUUUCAAUCCUGGAAUAAACUAGAUUGUAAUCUUC